AUGUUUGGUAAGAGUGCUGUUUGGUCCCUCAGAUUACAUGACCUGAUGUUUGAGACUUCUAUGGAUAAAACAAACAUAAGUGCAUAGAUCAUUUUAAAUCUGUUGCACAUGUACCGUUUAAAUUCACUUUUCACACUCAGUCUAAAGUAGUUUCUUUUAUUUCCUUCACUUGUUAUGAACACCUGAUAGUCGAAGUGCAUAAACAAAAGGGUGGAUACUUAAACUUUGUGUUUACUCUUGCAUCAUCUGCUCUUUUAGGUUUCUCAUUUGGUUCGUUUCUGUUUUUUUGUUUUGUUUGUGUGUGUAAUUUUAAAAAAUGAAUUAUGCGUCAGUUUAAUUCAACCCCUAUGGCAUUGCAGGCAAGUCAUAUCUUAUAGGCAUAGAUCACGAGUUGUUUUGCAUUUGCUGGUUCCCCCUCAUGUAUUCAUUGGCACUGUCAAAGUCAUUUGGGGUAAGACAUUAUAAAUGGGCCAUUUAUUUUUUAAUAAAUGGGGCCUUCAUAUUUGUACAAGCUAAUGCCAGUACUUUUCACUUUACAUUCUCUACCAUGAUUGGCCAUCUUGGUUUUGUGUUGAACAUUUGUCCUUUAGUGUAACCCAUCUGCUUAAUUGUUUGUGUGUGUGUGUCCCCCUCCUACCCCCACCCCCCUUUGUGCUUCACCUGGUGUCUUCCUCUUCAGCUCUUCCUGGCCAGUUGGGAUAUCAGCUGCCUCAACUGUGUGACCUCAUCAUAGUGACGUGUAAUCCAGAUUAACCAGCAGUCUUUAUUCUGCCAGACGUGGAAGUGAUUAGGGAUUAUGACGUGUCUUUUUAAUAGAAUUGGACGUGUGGAUAAUCAACUGCGUCCACCAGCAUCUCUUGUCAGGUGACUCACUCACACCCAAGCACAAGCACUUGUUGUUUUUUUUCACCAAGGGGAGUAUGGGGUUGGCUUGCAAUCAUUUACAUAGGGAUUUACUGUUCACCUUACCUUCUAUUGAACCUUAAACUGACUUUAAUUAAAACAAUAAUGAACAUAUAAUAUUCUUUUAGGGUUCAUUUAUUUUUUCCCUCAAGUAUCUUCAAAUUUAACAAUCCCUGCAGCUUUAGAGAAAAAAAAAUCUGUAGUUUUUGCUCAUAUCAAGAGAAAAUAAAAGUAAAUGUUUCCCCUUUAAUCCAUUUGUCGGUGCAUUUCAACCUUGUUUUUGUUCUUGCUGCUGUUGAUGCAAUCCUUCUUUAAAUCUGCAAUUACAUUAUCGAUUCUUGUUGUUUUGCAAAGUAGACUUCUGAAAACUGAAAGAUUAAAGUUUGUUCUUGAUUACCCCCAAAGCAAACAAGGCCACCAACAUCUUGAAUGAAUGACUUUGGUGCCACCACUUCCUGCUUGGCAAAUUGAAUUUUACAAAUCAAAUCAAUAAUAUUAUGUUCUUCUUCUUCCUCCUUGUAAAACUAAUUAUCCAGCUAUAAAGAACUUCUCUGACAGGUUAAGUGUCAGCUGCCUCUGUGCAGAACUGUGAAAACUCUGCAGGUCUGUCAGUGUUGUCAGAUUUAUGGAAGAGGAAGUAGGGUCCUUUGCAUAAAAAAGCUCCUGUGGUGCUGCUUGUCACAUGUCGCAGUUGUAGUGUAUGCUGUGGUUUUCCAGCAUCAUUAGACCCCCCAGUGCAAAGCUGAUGACUGUAUGGUGGACAUAUUGCAGUGGGACACUCUGAACUCUGAUCUACCACACAGCAGAAGUGAAAAGUGAUUGUGUCAGUUUGAAUGAGCUCUCUUUGUGUAUGGCUAGGGCAGUGGCGCUCAGCACUCUGGUGACACUGGAGAGAAAGAGUAAAAAAAAGAGAAACAGAAAGAAACAGAGGAAGGCUUUUAUCUUCAUGUCACCAAAUCUGCUCCAACUGUACGUCAGAGUGCAUGCGAGGACGGAAGGGGGCGGGGUGCGGGGGAGAGGACUGCUGGCGCAAUGGCAGGGUGCUCAAUGGUGGCAUUCUUCCCUCUGUGGAGAAACACACACACUCGCACACACACAUACACAUAGACACCUCAUAGACAACGCGCAUACAUGGCUACACUAGGGGGAUUCCCCCUGGGAGUACCCAAGUGAAGUAAUACAACCCAUCAGUGCCUUAUCACACCAGUGCCCAAACACAGGAGAGAGGAGUGUAGAGGAGUGUUUCCAUGAAGCACAGGAGGUGUACUGUAUAUCACUUGGGGAUUGAGGGCCAUUAUAUGAUGUUAUCACUGUGAGUUUUUUUACACUUUUUUUUCAGCAGCCUUAUGUGUACGUCUCCAUCAAGAAAGAGAAGGCUGAUAUGCUGCAGCUCCCACUUAUUGCUGUGUAGUUUCCCUAACUCGUUUCAGCAUGACAGAUUUAUCAACUCUUGUUAUUACCCUGCAAUGAAAUUUGACAGCACAAUUUGAUGCUGUGGGUACAUUUUGGAGGUUGUUUGGCAGUGAGAGUGAAACCCAGCUCUAUGUGAGUCUUCUUUGUUUAAGUUCAAGUGAGUUGAUGCCCGAUGAGGUGUUAGUUAUCAGGAAUUAAUGCUGUAGGCCAAUAUGAAGCUAGUGAAUUACACUAGAGGUGUAUUUUUCCUACAAAUUAACAGACACCCUGCAGCCAAUCAAGUAUUUUGACCAUAGGGUGUGUGCUCUUGUGAGCAUAUGUUUGAUAUUAUGUCUGUACUUUUGAAAGUGUGUGUGAUCUGUUCCGACUGUACCUGUCAGAGGCUGCAGUGGCCUUAAGUGAUGUUGCUCAGAAACGAUUCCUGAAGCACUUAUGCAGAAGCUUCUUUAGGAACCAUUUGAAAAGAACACUAUAUGACCCUCUCUCACACAUAAGUAUGUACACAGUGUUUUUGAAGCAGCAGGUGUGUGUCAAGGCAGGACCCAGCAUGCUACGACACAUGAACGAGUGUGUAUGUUCAUACCUUUUAUACAUGUGGGAUGGUUUCAGUCCCCCCAUUAGAAAUCUCUUGUGAUUGAUCUCAAAUUAGUUUAUGAUCUGAGUGAGUGCGAAGUCUCAUGAUACGUUUUUUAAUACUCUCGUUAGACAUGGGACAAAGAGUGCUUUCUGCUCAUGUUUUUACGAUUUUAACCUGCUGAUUACUAAAACUGGCUUGACUCUUGUGGUAAUUGUGACUUUGAGUAUUGCAAAUGUGCCUACACCCUUUAAGCUGUACGCAUGCCGACAGACAAGGCAGAUAGCUCCGUUGCUGGCAGGUCUGCAGUUAUGCAGGGGCGGAACAACUGUCAGCCGCAGACGCUGAUUGUGUUUAACCGAGUGGCUACCAGUCGCUCCCUGUUUAAUGAGACUCUGUGGGAACAGAACAUCAGUAAUUAAAGAUGUAAGAUUUGCAUUAUGGGGGUUUGGACUGUUGAUUGAAAGGUCAUCAUCCAUGUUAGCUAUGCACUGAUCAAACAGACUCUUCACAGUAAGGAUCCCAUAGGGGUGAUGGUGCUCCCAUAAGGUGCAAGUGUUGACUCAAGAGGAACGCACAGUGCUGUAAACAUCAGGACAAAUGUAAACUUUCCUUCUUCACAUCCUGAUCUUGUUCAUUCAGCAACAUCUUAAGAGGAGUCCCUCUGCACUAAUAAAUGUUUUUUUUUUCCCACUUGCAUAAAUGCAAGGUGACAAAAGUUUGCCAGACAAGAAAAAAAAAAAAAAAAAAGCAGACACAAAAGCAUCCUGAGGACACUGAAUUCGGUGGAAUUUUGUAAUCUCUGUAUUGGGCAAUACCAUCAAAUGGAAAAGUAUUCUUGCAUCAUAAGAGGAACCCUCUUCAGAUAAUACCUAUGAAACUACCUGUUAGUGGGUUGGCUGCUGGGACAAGGUUAACGAAAACAACUCAUCAUAUCACUAUUGCAGGUAUUUAGUUUGCAACUUAACUGCUGGUGGUGAUAUUAAGUGUGCGUGGGUGUAAUUUUAAGAUGGUGUGGAAAUAUGUGAACAGUGGGUGUAUGAGUCACCUUUGUGUAGGCAGUUGUUUAAAUGCCAUUUUCUAGGAGAUGUCAGAAACAGGAACAUGUAAAAGUGCAUGUGUGUGUCAAUGUGUGUGCUAUGGUUUUGUCAUUUUAAGCUCAGGAUUCCCCCUCCUUAAGUGUUUAGAUGGAGAUCUCAGACCACAAACAGGCACUGUCCCCUCUUGGCUGAGGCAAAGUGAGGUAACAGUGACAGGGAUGAAUCAAACAGUUGCAGUUACAGCCUAUAAAUCAGGUUGAUGUAAAACACGGAUGCUUUUUCCAAGUUUGGGAAUUUGUUGGCUGCAUGCAAAAGUAUGUAUAAAAUUGUGCUUUGGCUCGAGUGUGUUAUUGUUUGUGUGAGAAAAAGUUGCCCUUUAGUUUUGCACUUCCCGGCCCUGUUCUGAGGAGGCAUCCCAUAAUGCUGUCUGGCUGAACGCCCUGCACACCUCCACUCAUUCCACUCCCACAGUUCCAACCCAGGUAUCUGCCUGUCAGCUUGUAAUUGUAGCUCAGGCUUACCUCAUAUAAAAGAGUGAUGACAUUUUGGUAGCUGAGUCAGUGUCUUUGUCGCCCUGCAGAUAUUCAUCACUUGAGCAGAAUGUGUGUGUGUUUGUGUGUGUGUGUGUGUUUAAUCUGUGAUCUUUUAAUCUGCGUACAGGAGGUCUAAAUGUGGGCUAGGGCAUUGACAGACAGUCACUCUGGGUCAAGGAGUGACCACAUGGGCACACACACACACAAAAAAAACACGCACACAGGCAUACAAGCACAUACACGGACACACGCACAUCCAAUAACACUUACUGAUAAACAAGUGGUUGCAUUUCUGAAUGAGUCACAGACGUGGGCAGAGGUGGAAAGUUUCCUUGUUUGGGCUAUUCCCCCCUGCUGACUCUUUGAUACUUUUUUUGAAGUAGUAUGUGUUUCUAAUGCCAGGUCUACAUGUAGUGGACAGUGGACUCAGUGCAAACCAGUUCAGACUUCUCAUAUUCAAACUUCAUCUCCUCACUGACAGAAAUACACAAAUAAUGUUAUUAUAAAAUGUAAAGUAAAUGCUGGAAUCAUUUUCUUUUUUUAAAGUAGGAGAUAGCUUUACUGAGAUACAAUGCUGCAGCUGUCAGAAGUAUUGCACUUUUCCAUUGUGUGUAAAUUUGUAUUAUAUCCUGUGAUGUUUUGAAGUUUUGUUUGGCAUAUUCACAUUUUAUCCCCUCAUCGUAAAGCAAAGAUCUAGAUAAUAACAGUAGCAAUGACUCUAUUCUAAUGACAGUGCAACAGUGAGUUAUUAUGCAAAAUUCAUAUAGUACACCGUGGCAGCAGGGUGUCUGUUAAUUCAUAAAAAAUAGUAAUCUGCUAGCUUUGUAGUGGUCUGUAUGCAAAACAUGUUACUAUAGCAACUGAAAUGCAAUCAAAGCUGCUCUUCACAGCUCAAGUGACAUGUCAACCAUGAAAAAUCAGACGACAAAAGGAUUGCUUCAUGUUACAAGGUUCGUUAAUUCCUGAUAAUGAACACCUCAUGGUGUAGGACUUACAUAAUGCACACGCCUAGAAAAGACGAAUGGGACUAGGUUUCACUCUCACUGCCACACAACAUGCUUAAUUUACUCAGCACAUUGAAUUUUGCUGUCAGAUUUCACUGCAGGGUAACAGCAGUUGCUAAAUCUGUCACCAUCAAGCUUACUCUGCUACAAUAUGUUGAAUUCACACUACUACGAUUUUCAAUAUUGCAGAAAAAAAUCUAAAUAAACAUAAAAUGUUAUCGAAAAUGCAAAUACAACAACAGUUAUUACAGUAAUUACAACAACAAUAAUAGCUUUCAGAAUUAAUAAUACAGUUUGAAAUGCAAAUGUUGUAACUAAUUCAGGGAAAGAUUUAUUUACUGAAAGGACAGUCAAAUUUGAGGAGACUUGGCGGUUAAAAUUAUGAAAGUCUAGUUAAAACAGUCUUUUGGGUGUAGAUAGGAGUUUUGUGAGUAAUUUGAGAGUAGUAAAUUGUUUCAUGUAAAUGUUCAACAGCUGUUAUUUUAUGAACACCUAAUGUGCGGAUUUACUCUUUAUUUUUAUGGUAAAUAAUGCUUUAAUUGCUUGAUGUUUUUUUUCUUUUGACAUUUCAAAGAUAAGAAAAAACAACACGUCAAAAUGCUGUUAUGAAGAAUGAAGUUUAAGUGCCUUUGCCCCAAACAGUUGCAGUCUGUUCGACUUUGCAUCGCAGUCAGCCAAAUUCAUCUCUUACUUGAUAACUAUUUGCAUUUGUGAUAAGUUUAAUUUGGCUUUUAGUGAGACGUUCAUCAAUCUAUUUUUCAGUUCGAGGCUAAACAAACAUCUGCAAAACCACCAGCUAGACUCUUAUUCUCCCUCUCUUUUUCUUUCUCUCUCACACACACACACACACACACACACACACACACACACACACACACACACACACACACACACACACACACACACACACACACACACACACACACACACACACACACACACAGAGAGAGAGAGAGUGGAUGAAUUAAAUAAUUUGAAGGGAGUGAAGUGGGUCUGUUCUUAAUAAGACAUAAUUUCUUUAGGCUUCAUAAACCUCAGGUAUGUUUGUAAGCAUAAAGAAGGAAAAGCAAAUGACGGAUUUUAAGGGAAAGCAUGUCUAAUCUCGCCUUUGCCUGUGGCUUUGUGUGUAUGUGCAUAUGUGUGUCAGUACAAGCCAGAGCUGCAUGUACAUGUAGUUUACAAGUUUAUGAUUUUUUUAAUCGAGUUGACUCAUAGUCCAUAACCUUUUGGUAUUUGAUAUUACAUGGGUGGACAUAAUUAAUAUCAUUUUUUAACUCUGCAAAUGGCAAAGGUGAAGGACAAAGUUGGUCUUUUGGGGUCUACUUUACUUUCAGCGUCAUGCAAAUAUGAGAUCACUUCUCUCAGUUAGAAACUCAAAAGGGACAAUAACAAAGCAAAAUAAAAAUCCUAGUCAGAUCUUUGCCAGAAAGUUUAGAUAAAAAGAGCUCCUCAGAACACGAAGUUUUGUUGAAACUGCACUUUCAUUUCACAAGUAUGCAGUGGGUGUAAAAGAAGAAAUUAGAAGGUUGAUAAAAGGUGACAUUUGUUGAUGCUUCCCCUUUUUUUGUCAUUGAAUAGUCUUCUUAGCAUCAUGAAAAAAGGAGACAGUUCAGUUUCGCCAGAAUAUAACUUUGACUGUUACGCAAUCUGACCUGUGGUGUAGUUCGUGCAAACAGGAUUGACACUUUCAGUUCUUACUUAAAUGUAAUUUCUCUUUGUUUCCCCUUAAUUAGAAUCAAAAAAUAAAAACCUAAAAGAAGGUGCUAUAACCAGUCAGGUUUGUUGUUCAACCCAUGCCCAAAAAUAUCUAAUUUUUAUAUUAAUAUCAAAUGCACCUAUAUUUGAUUUGGCUAGUUUGUGUUUAUAGUGUUGACUUUGCUAAUAUGAAUUAUCCUGAAGGGUUAAAAUCAAACGUAAUAAACACUGAAUUUCAUGCCAAAAUUGCUUACCAAUAAUUUUAAUAAAUUCAUAUUCAGAUACUAUAAAAGAAAUAAUUAACUUUUUUUUUAUUACCUUGGAGUCCCCCUGGUGAUAGAAAAUAAAAGAAAACUGACCCUGUAUGAGUACAGUGGCAAGAACAGAAAUAGGCUCAUACAAAAAAAAAAAAAUAGCAAAUGACGGAUGAAACAAAUGUAAAGAAGGAAAUUAAUCAGUAGAAAAAAAGUUUACACAGUUAAAAUUGUGUCUUCAGAUUUGUAAUUUGUUACUUUGUUAUAUUUGUAUAUGUUUCCUCGUAAAAUGUAGAGAAAUGUGAUCUAUGCUCUCAUGCGGGUUAGACGCACCUUCAGUUCCUGUAGAAAUGACCCUGAGUUACCUCGAGCCAUCAGCCACGUCAUCACCAACCACAACAAAAAUAUUCUCCAAAGUUCAACCGAGUUUUAUUUGUUUUAUUUUCUUCUUCAUGGUAUCAUCGUACACUUAAUUCCCGAACCUUUCUGUAACUCCUGUUUGUUUGGUCAAAACUAAAACUCACCAUGCUACCGCUUAAUAGGUCAUAGUAUGGUUGAAUAACAUUUCACUUCAGUUGCGAAAGCGGAAUUAUUUUUUAUUUAAGUUGGCAUAAGCUCAUCUUUGACCUUUUCUUUUAAGUAGUUCACUCUUGAUGAUUCACUAGAGCUCAACUCUGACAUUUCAGUUUCACCCUCUUCUCACGAUUGAAACUCUAUACUCAAUAAUAACCUGGGUACGGGAAUCAACAUAUGUGGCAUGGUAAAAAUUGCGUGGGCACCAACUGGCACUUAAGACAAACCACCCACAUGGGCCAUUGUGAUCUUCCCAGAAGUCCUCCUCACAGCGAGAGAGAAAGGCACUCCCAGAUAUUUCUAUAAGACACAUUUGGUUUGGUGGAAGUGGAGCAUCAGUACUUCCCUCCCGAUGCGUGGCCAGCUGCAUACCUGAAGAGCAAGUAUUUAUGCGUGCCGCUCCCCAUGACUGGAAUUGCUGACUUGUUGAGUGGGAGUGCAGUGCCCAAAAAUGCUGACAUAAUCUGCUGCUGAUGCAAGCUGUUCAGAGGGAGUUCCAGCAUCAUGUCCAAUAUUCAGGAAUAUUGGAAACGAGGAAAUCUGUUUCAUUGUAAAGAUGCCAGCAUCUAAACGCCUACACGCUUGUGUAAUUACAAAAAAGUGUAAUUAUAUUUAAAAAAAAAACAUCCUCCUGCAUCACUGGAAGAAGACUUACGCUACUGGUGUCCUCCCCCACACACACUCAGAUGACCACAUUACAAAGCUCAAACCAGAGCUGAGGUUUCUAAAGUCCAGAGUUCUGCCAAGGCUGAGAUCACAAAGGCCCUACUUUCUCCGCUUGAACCUGCUCUGCCUACGUAAUACUCUGCUGCAGUAGACCUCGAUUGUAAUCCUGGGAUACAUAGCUUUAAGUUCCUGGAAUUGUAAAAUGACAGGAAGAAGAAAGUAGGACACAACAACAUAACCUCGCCCUUAAAUCUCUGUUUGAUAAACCUCCACCUCUGUUGGGUAUUAUGCAUAAGAAAAUUACUAAUAAUAAGGCUAGAAAUAACAGAGUAUGAGAGGUAAAAUACAGGAUGAGGAUAUAAUCAGAGCCAUGUGCUUCAAUUACAAUGCCAUACAUUACCCUCCUUAGACUUUCCUACAUUUUUAUGAUGUUAAACCUUUGAAUUGAAGUAGCACCAUUUGGGCAUUUUAAUGAUUCUGAUAAAAGAGAGCAGGCAUGUUGCAUGGACAAGCUACUCCAGAGGCAAUCUAGUGUAAGUAACUGUAGUGUUCCUCAAUGUUCCUGCCUCAGGAGCUACUAUCACUUUUUUAAUAACAGUCACAACCAUGGACUGUGUAAACCCUUGACCCUUGUAUAAACCCACAUUUGGUCUCAUUGACGUUAUUGGUUUCUCAAGAAGCAUUUUGAAACCAAAGAUGCAUCAUGGAAAUGCUAACUUAGCCUAACUUUCAAUUUAGACACAGGCAAAAAGUUUGAGCAGUGGUAGCCUUUAGCCCCCUGGCAAAUGGCUCAAUUGCGCUCCACCUGGCAACUCAGCCAUUUUUGAUCCUGGUUGUAAAUAUGUUUGGUUUUGCAGCCAAAAUCAGCAUUCUAACAUCAGGCCUACAGCAGGGGCACAUUGGCUUUCACAGCCUGCUUCAGGUUGACAGUUUUUGCGUUUGGCCAUUGGCUUUGUUUCUCAACACUUUGGUUUUCCACUUGACCUAAAUCUCUGAAACGUGUUGUUUAAGGUCAGUGUGAAAUCAUUCAAAUGACUGACGCCUACUGUGUAGAAUUGUGAAUACAUCACUGUUAAGACACAGUGUCAUUGGAAACCCAUGGUGUUUUAAAAUAAGAGUCAGGCUGAGACUUUUACAAUAACGUCUUUUUCCGACACACCUCUGUCAUCCUGAAAAUGGCCCUGCAGCCCACUUGUGGGCCCCCACCCACAAACUGAGAACCACAGUGUUAGAGGUUACACUAAAUGUGUUCACUAAAAAAGUUUUCAAUACAGUAUAACAUCUUCCUCCCAUAGCAACAUACAACAAUUGUAGCAUUCUGUGUAGGUUUGAUGAGCCUGUCUUUAGAAAAGUUUAAGGAUACGUCCUCUUUUACCUUUUGUAGAAAUGAUGCUGUGUAAAGUCAAUGUACCAAAAAACCAAACUGCCCUUUAAGGCUAUUUUUAAAAAGUGUUGUUACACCAAGCUCUGCCUUAUAAGUCACCAUCACGUCGAUGUGUUUAUGCGAAUAUCUGUGAUUAUGUGCCAUCGAUCCUGUGGUGAUAGUAGGAGUGACCAUCAGCUCUGUCACUGGGACGAAAGGAGACAGCCCUCCUCUCUGUUGAAUAAUCAGCUGACUCACCGGAUGUGAUUCACCUAACUAACUGAGCCACAGAGAGGAUUCUGUUGUCUAAAUGUUUGGUCAGUAAUGUUGUGUAAUGUUUUGGAAGUUUCAUCCUCUUAGAUAAAUAACUUGUUGGGCGGUCUGCCAUACAUGCUUUGAAAUCUCCAUCCAGAUUGAGGUUGAGGGGUCAUGAGAGGGUGGGGGAUAUAUGCGCACAUAAUCCAAGUAUUCUAAAUCUUAUUGCAACCAAAGAUAAGACACACUUCUGAUAUGCCAGAGAGUAUGUUUGGCUUUAUAGUUGUUUCUUUCGUAACUCACACAGAUCUAGUUUCAGUUCCCCUUUGCUUUGAAAAAAUAUGAGUAAUUUGAGUAGUAAUGAAAUGUUCAAUCAGAAACUGACUACGUGUCCUUUCGUUCAUAGGACAUAUGCCUCAGAAUACAUUGAAACAGUACUGUUAGUGUAUCUAUAUUAAUGUAAAGUCACCACAGCAUUAUCUGGAUAAUUCAGCUCAACAUGCAGUCAUGACAGAUAAAGCCCUUUUUGUUAGACCUUUUUUAUUGGUUACAGCAAAUCCUUUUGGAUUUCAACACAUCAAAGAAGUCUUUGUCAGCCAAAAACCCCCAGCCUGUUAUGCAUUGUUUGUAUCCUUAAGGCCCAAGUAGUGCAAUCUUUUUUUCCUCUUUGUAACCAUCUUUAAUGGACUCAUAUUGUUUUUACUCCAUUAGGUAUAAUUCUGCUUCUUACUGCAAAAUUGUAGGACUUGUGUUAACCUUUUUCAACUUCAAAAAAGUCAGUCAAAGAUUUGAAAUAACUUUGAUUAACCUAGUGUGUGGAGGUGAGAGAGAAAUUGGGGAUUUAGCCUUCUCUCUUAAUUCUUAUUUUUCUCCAAGCUUCAUGCAGCUGUGUGAAGCUUGGAGAAACAUUUUUGUGUGUCCAGUGUUCACCAAGUGUAAGAUCACAGUUUCCUCUAAGAAGAAUAUCUGAAAAUAGUUUUAAAGAGGUUUAUCACAUUUUUAUCCUCUGAAUUCUUGUUGGAGUGUGGCUGUUUGAAAAUGUACCAAAGUCGUACAUUUUUGUAAUCAAAUCUUUAUUUUGCCAAGCUUCGAUGCUAAUCCGAACAAUGACUAACAGCACCACAGGUAGUGUCAGACUCUGUGGGAGGCCUUUAAAUUCGAACCUUUAAUCAGCUUUCAGUAUGAAUAUUUUGUCUGUCUGUCACAAAGGUCACAGUUAUUGACAGACUAGAUCCAGGUCAAUGCCAGGUCACAAACUUGAACUGACCCGCUUAACCUCUGCAAGAAGGCCCCUCUUCCACCCCCACAACACCCUCACUGUCUCUGUCCCACUAUUUUCUUUCUCAUAUAAUCUCCUUUCUUUCUGCUGCCCUCUCUUUAAACUCAACACUCAGUCCUUCCUCUGCUCUGUCUUUCCUCUUUUCCCUGUCUUCUUUCCCUUCUUGUGUUCCUUCACUCCAUGAGGGGGAACUUCCACUGGAGCUCCUAUCCAGGAACAAACUUCCACUGUGGAAACAGCACUUAAAUUCACUUUCCACACCAUCCACGCAAACACAUUUCCACUCUCACUCUUCUACAGCAUCCAAUAGUGACACUUUUUUUUUUUUUUUACUUCUAAACAAAUAACUCCAACUCAACCUGUUGCAGAGAAAGAUCCCUUUUUAUCUUUCAUCAAUCAUUAGCGGCACUCCCAUCCACAUUACAGUUCAACAUCCUGCAAACAUCUGAAACGACUGCUGCAUGCAAAGCAGAGGUCUAUAUCUGUCACAGUGCGUGUUAUGCCUGAUCCUCUCCUGAAAGACAGACGCUAUAAUUGGCCACUUUAUCAGCAUUAAUGGACAGACAAGAUACGCAAGUAGGAGCUCUUUAGGGGAACACACUCACACACACACGUGCGUACACACAGAAAGGAAACAGUGAAGGAGUCAUCUUAUUCAAAGCAGACAGGAAUAGAAACAUAGAGCAUGAGGUAACCACAGUGGCGCAAGCAGUAGCCAUUACCUCAACAAUGACCACGGGAGCUUUUGUUGUAUCUACAUUUCUGUGUGUGUGUGUGUGUGUGGCUGUGACUGGCUGUCAAAGAAGCCUUUUCCAUAUUCAAGAUAUUCCUUUCCUCCACGAACAUAUCUGGUCUUUAUAUAAGGUAUGCCUGGGACUUACAUAAUUUCUGGCGCUUUAAGUUUCUGUGUCUGUGUGUUUGGAAAGCUUUUUAAACACAAUUGUGUGAUUGUAACAGUGUGUGUGUGUGUGUGUGUGUGUGUCUGUGACGCCUUGGAAGCUCUCCUGGCUGCGACUGUGGAAAUGCUCCACUGCCCCACUCUGCUCAGUGGGGACAGGAGUGGAGAGAAGGACAGUUGGAUGGAUGAAUGGGGAGUGGGAGCUUUGAUGGUUGGAAGAGAAGUGGCAGAAGGAGAGAGGAAAAGUUGUGUUUACUUCAGUCUUAUGGAAACCAGACCUUCUGUUUUCUCAUGGCCGCAGAGUUGAUGUGCCAGGCUUGUGUUGUGUUACUGUCACGUUAUAUUUUAUUUCUUGAUAUUUUGUUUGUUGCUGCAUUUGUAAAAAGCAACAUGGAUCACUGUUAAAACAAUCAAAUCAAGCUAUAACGCUCUUGUUCAGUGGCUUUACACCAUCAGUAACUCUAUGUAGCUGAAUCAGGCAACAAGCUGAAAUCUCUGGACCUGUUCAACUUAAUACAGUAAAAUUUGACUUUGACAUUCACGGUGCUCAAAGGACAAACACAUGACUUUGAUGAUUCCAGGAAUUUUCCGAGCACCACCAGCUGCCGGUCAUACUUGCUUAGCUUGCUAAAUAACUUUAAUUAAGAUAUACCUCAAGGUCUACUUAGUGAAUAUGCACAAAAAGUGGUGUGCAUAUUCAUUAUAAGCGGUCUAAAUUUUUGGGUGACCUCGGUGAUCUCUUGCUUUGUACCUGUAUGAGAUUGACGUCAAUGGUUUUUGCAGCAAAUAUCUUUAAAAUUGUUGGAUGGAUUGCUGAUGAUUUUUACUCACUUAUUCAUCUAUUUAACCAGUAGCAGCUAUCAGUUCUGUUAAUUUCUCUGCAACUCUAUCCCCCACCCCCCAUUUAUAUGUAUGUAUGUUUACUAUAUUGGUUUUAUCUUACUGAAAUGUGAAAGGUCUCUCCUGAAAAGGCUUUGGCUGAAUGGCAGUAUCCAUUGCUCCAAAACCUGUUUAUAUUGUUGAGCAUUAAUAUCUUUCCAGAAGUGUUUGCCACCCAUACCAUUAUGCAAAAGCAAUUUAACUUUAAUUCAUGAAUGGCUACAAAGAAUAAGUUUAUUUAAAUACAAUGAACAGUUUGCUCUCAGAUGUAGUUUCUCAACACCAGCACCAUUCUUGUUGAACAAGUCGCCAGUCGAAUUGUUAACUAGGGCAACACAAUAAUUAAGUCUUACAGCUAACAUGAGUUUUCACCUAAAGCCCUAACAGACUGAGUGUCACUCCUAGAGGCUGUAUUGUUGUACCUAUUAGUUUUGAGAUUGCUUACUUGUCCUGAUUUUCCAAUGACUCGCACAACCAUACACUAUAAGUGCAAAAGUAAGCAAACAGCAUCACACGAUAUGUAUUCAACAAGGACAAAAAGAUCAAGACUAAGUAAUUAUCAACUCAGAGUUUUACCACAGUUUACCUUUUAGAUGGUAUAGCUGGAUUGAAACAGACAUCUGCACGUGUCUUAAGAUAGAUGUGUGUUAUACGACCUUUACUAGCUGCUGUACAAUGUGCACACCUUGCCUGAUUCAGCACUUAUAUGCCACUCUGUAUAAACCAGUGGGUCAUUAGCUGUCAGAGAGCUGCACAAUGCUUCUCUAAAUUCUUGUAUCCUGCUUUUUUCCUCAUUGCCCAUCUUUCAUUAGACAGGAAUCCAUGCGUGUAUGUGUUUCUUACUUGUAGUGGAAACUUUUUGGGAAUCUGUGCCAUGGAAUGUCUGGGCAGGAUUCCCUCUUUUCCCCAGCGGAGCCGACCACUCAAACACAGCUAUCUGUACGCAACAUGAACACGUAACACCACAAAGCAUGGAAACACAUGUCGGUUAAUGUGGAUGUAACCUCAUCACAGAGUUCAUGAGAUCUUUCCUUUGGGCCAAAAGUCGAAUCUGUGUUACCGAGUCAGUGACAUACACACUGCUGCUGUCUGUCUGUCGUAUUUGAUUGCCCCCACUCUGACUUCAGCUUCUUCACUUUCUCGAACUUUUUCUCUCUUUCCUCUUUCCUCUUCCCUCUUCGAUGGAAUGUAACUUCAGUUUGACCUCGUGACUCAUCUCUCCCACGCUGACCACACCAGCUCUGUCCUAUAUUCUAGUCAGACGCAGAACUGGCCCUAGACCCGUACAGUGCACACACACACACUCCCCCGCUAACACACAUGUUAUUGCGUCAUUGCUCUGUGGUGUGGCCUGUAACUACUACACAGCUGUUCCUGCUUAGCUGUCAUGUCAGCCAUGAUGUCAGAGCUUUGUUGUGUGUGAUUGGCUGACGUCUGAACGUGUCGUGUGUGUGUGGGAGUUACUAUGUGGGAGACUUUCGUUCCCUGUGCCACAGAGCAUCAACUUGUGGUCAAAAUGGUCAAGUGACCGGUGAAACUUGCACCCGAGAAGAUCACGCUGUUUUGUUUGUGUCACUGAGGCAUUUACUCUGUUUCAGAUACAAAAGAGAACAGAAACUCACGAGGGCAGCUGUCGAUCAAAUACUAACACUAAACUUUUAACUCUUAACCAGUUCUGUUUGUUGCAUUAAAUUUACAAAGUCAGUCCACUGGAGACUGUUAAACCAAUGAUACUACUUAUUAUCAGUGUAAUGGCUGUCCUUUUAGGAAUGAUUAUACUUGAUUGACAUUGAGUUUUUAAAUUUAUUGGUAUUAAAGGGAUAUUCCGGCGUAAAAUUAAUUUAGGGUUAAACACACUGUAACACUGAGUUAGACACCCCCUCGAGAGAUGAAUGUUGCCGACCGCUUGCUUCUCUUGUUAUACCAACUUUAGUAACGACCGCAUGAUGGCAAUACAGAGAGCCACACAUUUAACCAAUGUCGUUACUUGAGUUGGUAUAACUAGAGAAGCAAGCGGUCAGCAACAUUCAUUUCUCGACGGGGUGUGUAACUCGGUGUUACGGUGUGUUUGACCCUAACUUAAUUUUAUGCUGGCAUAUCCCUUUAAUGCUGCAACACGAGUUCUUGGUGAUGUUUCCAAAGCCUUAUAAGUUGCUAAAAGUCAUUACCUUUAACCAACAAUUUAGCAUCUCUAAAAAACAUACUGUUAAUUCAGUAGUGCAAGAAAUUUCAUGUAUUUUUUGUCUUUACAAGACAAGCCAGGACAACAGCGUCUUAGUGCAGCAAGAAGACCUGUAAACAAGUUUGAAUGUAUAAAAUCUUCAAAGUUCACCAAUCAAGAUUUAAGCACCCUUAAUGUCUAUUUAAAAACACAAGAUGGUCGUAGGCACAAUACCAGCCACCACGUGCAGCAUCAAGAGAGACAAAUCAGACUGAAAACAGAGAGAGAUGAAAGCCAUCCUAACAUUUGGACCAAACAGACACAUGGUGAACUACAAUCUGAUACCAAACUACAGAUCUUUUUCGCUGGCUAUGUCAAUCAGUCACACUUCAACUUUUGAUAUAAGGUGGUCUUGGGGUGAUCAAACCAAAGGUCCCACAUCUGAGAAAACAAAGUUAUGAGCAAUUUGAUCUUCCCAGUAAACCUUUCUACCCAGUUUCAUAUCCUUAUGACCUCCACAGGGCAGCUGUCAUGUAAGUUUCUUAAAGGCACAGCAUCUUGUGGCCCAUGCAUAUAUACUCAACGUGUUCAAGGACUCAAUAAUUAAUUUAUUUCUACUUAGUAGAGGAUAUGUGUGCAUAAACACAAAGAGCUGCCAUGCCUGAGAUCAAACUUAGCAUAAUUUGGAUGUAAGUGCUGGUUUAGGAUGAAGUCUAUACUUUGUCAAUGUAAAAACGAGACAGCUGCCAAGAUGAAGCGUUCUGAAAUAAAACGAAUAAAACGAAGCGAGGCUGAAAUAAUGGUAUUUUAAUUCACCAGAGUGAGAAACACAAAGCUUUCUUUUAAUCUGAAAAACAUGUAAAGCUAUUAAAGUCCUGGGUCUAUGCAUCGCGUGGGCAAUAGAGUGGUGUGUCUGAAUGAAAUAUCCACAUUAUCUGCCCUGUUGGGUACAUGUAGAACAUGUCACCUGGUGAAAAGAUGAACUUCUCUCUCAGUGAAUCAAGGUUAUGGGUAUAACUAACUGGUCCAAAAGGGACCAGAGGAAUAUACAGUAUAUAUUAGGAUCAUUAGAUCAAAUCAGAGCAGCAUGGUUGAUUUAGAAUUUAAUGUUGCUUUUAGCUAAAAAACACAGAUGAUCAAAGUUCACAGAAGUGCAACAAACUUAGACCCCUAACAUCAUAGAAGGACUCUGUUGAAGACGCAGAGUGACAUGGAUUAUUAAUGGUCUGAAGUAGUUGGAGCUGAAUGCAUCAGUCUAUACUUCCAAUUCAGGUCCUUAUUAUAUUAUAUUCCUGUGUGUUAUAUCAAAAACAAUUUUGUUCCUCUUUUAGAAAUGAUCAGUGUGGCAGCUAUUUUGUCUAAAAGCUUGUUUUUCUGUCUGGAAAACUGGGUCAGACCGAACUGCAUCUGUGUAAAAAGUAAAAAAAAGGAAAUAGACAAAAGUGUGUCAUUCACAUAUUUAACAAAAUAUUCUACUGAAAUGGAUUAAGAUAGUGUGUGUGUGUGUGUGUGUGUGUCCAGUCAUGGUCACCAUGGUGAAGUCCUACAAAAAAAUUGUCAUGACAACUCAAGUCACCGACAACCAUGUUGUAAGCCAAAACACGUAACUGUCUCCUACGCAUCAACAUCACACAUGCGCUCAUGCAAACACACAGACACACACUCACACACACACUCACAGCAAAGGCACCCACAUGCACACUGACAUAUACGACAGUCUCUAACUGAGUCAAAAUAUGCUCACUUGUUUAUGAGAUGAAAUUAGUGCGGAGGGUUUCUGCUCAGACUGAUGUAGGAAACAAAACAGUUCAUUUUCUAUCAAAUAUACUGUUGACUCCUUUUGAUGUGCUGUAAUAUAUACUUUUUUUUCAACAGGCAUACAUCAGAAAUAGAAAUCCAACACCAAAGAUAAGAGUUGUUUCUGUCAUGAAAACAUCAGAAUGGGUCUUGCUAUUGGGCUUUUGAGUAGCAGCGUGUGCCUAAAGGUGAUGCCAGCCGGGGGGCUCUCACCACCAGCUCACCCCUGUCACCUCCAAACACGCACACACAAACACACACACACACACACGCUCAGCCCCUAGCACCACGUUCACUGCUCUGUGGAGGAGAUAGAGGCCACCCCUCCUUACAUCCACCGCACUCCUCUAUCUGACCCAUUUUUCUGUGUACACUCUUGAUGAUGGUGUAUGGCCCACCCCUCGUGGUUUCCACUGGGGUGGAAAACGCUCGUGAAGUGGGAAAAAAAGAGGGGAGUGGGAGGACAGGGGCAGUGGAAGAUGAGCUUAAGGGGAGAAGGAAAGUAUCAGGGUGAGUGAGUGCGUCCAUUAACCCCCCCAGAGGAACACCACAGGGAGGCAAGGGGAUUGGGUCUUGUACUUGUACGGAGUGUGUGUUGGUGUUAAUGUGUUUGCUGAUGUGUUUGUGAAAGGUUCUGAAAUGAUGCAUCUCUGUCGAAAACAUCCUCUUUCCGUCUGUGUGUCUCCUUUUCCAAGAUGUCUUUCAUGCAGAGCAUCUGAAAACCUUCAUUUUGUGCCUUACAGGCUUCUGGUAGUGGAUUGUUUUAUUGUUACCUUUUCGUCCUUACAAUGACACACCGCUGGUUUAAAGUUGUAGCCUCACUACAUCAGGAGAAAUGCAGUAGAGAAGUGGUUUUGAACUUUUCAACUUUUCAUCGUCAAGUUGAUUCAACAGAAACUUAAAUUAUGACUAGCCUACUUGUCUAAAGGUAAGAUAGCAGUCAAAAUAGAAGCACAGUUGUAUAUCACAUCAACUGUAGAAAAUGGUGAGAGUCCUCAUAGAUGCCCCUUCAUUUAGUUAUUUAUUCACUUAGCUGAUGAAUAAGUUUUGAUGUUAGAACAAUAAGAAGAACUUCACGUUUUAAGUUUCGACAACUACAGACCAGUAAGUUAAAUCUGAACACCAGGUAGGUUAAAGAAAGGGCAGCAUCUUCGCGCUUCUGUUAGCAUUAUUGGGUGACAAAUGUUUAUUCUGGUGCUUGCUAGUAAGAGCGAUGUUGUAUAGUUGACUGAUCAUGCAUGUCUACUUCUUGGGCAAAUCUCUAAAAACUCUAUACCUCAUACUUUGCAUCUGUAAUAUCUCUUUGUUAAGACUUUUGUGACUCACAAUUGCAGAAAUACUUCUAUCAAACUCCAGAUUUCCAGUGUGUGUUGCACGUUUUUCCUGGUAAAAGCUGAAAUCCUUGGUUGGAUUUGUUUAAAGACAUGCACAAGACACUUCACGUAGACCACAGAAUCAUUUAUAAAGCUUACACUGAUCCCAUCCACAAAGUGUUACAGCCUUAUAGAGUCAUAAAGACUUCCCAUGAUGUCGAUCUGGGAAAGGAGUAGGACGUUUUAUUCAACUCAAAGUCCAAGGUGAAUUGGACUCUUUGUUCUGCUAUUGUCAUUGUAAAACAACUACAAUGAAGCAGUCACUGGCAACAGAGAGAUCAUUCUUCUGUGGCUUCCUGCCAUACCCCAAAAAAUGUUCAAAAUAGUAUCUCAAAGAUGAGGAAAUAUUAAAAAAGAAGAUCAAAAACCAAGAAAUUAUCAAGAUCAACUCCCUGGUUCUCCUAAGAACUCAACUCUGAGUCUUUUAAACUCUGAAACUACUGUCAGCAUUUCAAAAAUGAGAUAAAUACUAUGCGGGGACUUUCUCACCACACAUCCUUUAUCAAAUCAGUUCAUAGACAGGAGUCUGGCACAUUUACAAGGUUUAUGAUUUCACCUCUUCCUGAAGCCUGUGUGGCAGAAGACGUAGUUUUUGAUAGCAUCUGUCACCAGCACCAAGGAAGCCUUAACUUUAACUCUAAAUUCAAGUGGAGAGCACAGACUUUUAUAUUCUAACAAAGGACCAGCAGAGAAGAGAUGUUAAGACACACAAGGAGCUGGUUGAAAGAAAUGAAAAUGAAGACCUAAUCCUAGAAAAGCAACCACAAACCACAACAGGGUACGAGAAGUCUUACAGGACUGGUUGAGAAACAGGAACAGCAGGGGGAAGACAACCCUCUCCAGGAUCUUCUGAGGCUGUAAAUAGUCAAUGUGAAUGUUUUAACUUUCUAUGAGUGAAAGUGUUUAAUUUGAAUUUUCAAAGCAAAAAACAAAGCAGGCUAAUCUGAGGACUUUAACCUGAAUGAAAAUAUUUAGUUUAGAGUUAUUCAACCCUUGAGUAGGCUGAUAAUCAUCGCCACGGCAGUGCUACCAACCGUAGAAUUGGUGGGACUUUUUUGCUGCAUAAAUGAAUCAUUUUAAAAACAGUGAUAUCAAAACUUCUUGCAUCUGUGGUUGGGUGAUUAUGCAAAGGACAAAUCUCUUGGGGUAAGAGAUGAUGCAUUGGUGUCUACAUUUCACAUAAAUACCUGCUCACAAAACAUGAACUCCUUGCAUUUGUUUAAGACAGGGCGUAGUUUUACAUCAGUGCUUCACCUAUGUUUGUAUCAUUUUAAAAGCAGCAUUUAAUGGGCCGCUAUAUAUUUUCAGAACAGACUGAUAAUGCUUAAAUUCUCACUUACAGUCUCAUUUUAUCGAUACCAACACAGUCCUGCGGGGAGAAAAAUGUAAUCUGUCAGCCUUGAUCACCUCCACAAUACACCAUUGUGCAAGAGAUUACCAUCUCUGACAACUGCGGUCACUCCAAGAGCAGGUUGGUGGUCCAGUCAUCAAGGUAGAAACUAAUGUCACCCACUUAAGUCUCACAUGUUGGUUUCAUGCUGUGACUAUAUGAUGUAAAUGGAAGUGAAAACACCCACUCUGCUCUCAGUGCCAUGACAGUCAGAUGACAUCAGUUUUGUGGUGACGAAGCUUUAGUCUCACCAGAAAAGACCUUUGAAUUGGUGGUGAAAACAGGAUUAGAAAGCUGCUGAUUGAUCGGUUAAGUGGCGUUGGUUUUAUGUUGAAGUUUUCGAUUUUAUACAAUUUCAGCAGAAAUCAUUGAAAAGUUUCAGGGAACAUGCUGCACAUUGACAAAAGGGCUUAACCUGCAAGUUAGGGUUGUGUAUUUUUAUUAAAACUACUACGAAUUGCAUCAUUCACCGCAUCUCACCACUGGAAGACUAUGUUGGUGUACGUGGUGUGGAAGUGCACACUUUCACUGUCUGAUAUUGUGUGUUUGCUUGUCUGUAUCGUGUAUUUGCUAAUCCUGGAAAGAGAAGUGACACUUCCGCUCUUUUCUAAAAAUAUACCUUCCAUUGAAGCUUGCAUCACUUCCUCUUUCUGACACACUAUGCAUACACACACACACACACACACACACACACAUAUCCCAUGCAUGUAACCUAACAACCCUUUACAACUUCCUUAUCUGGUAUUGCGUGUCUUCCUGUGUGUGUAAGUGGAAAGUGCUUUGAGUGUAAUGGCACAUGGUGUGGGCUGAAGCACAGGUGGUUUAACACGCUUAAAUGCACUAAGUCCUGUGUAACAAAUCACUAUAGUAUUUGUACAGCUUUGAUGCUAUUUGAUACUAUAUAUAUGUAUACGACUGUGUGCACAUGGCAUGGUGUGUGUGUGUCUGUGUGCGUGUGUGUGUGGUUUAUCAAGAAAAGUGUGAGAGUUGGAAAGUGGUGUCUCACCACGUGACGUAGGUUUCUGGUGUUUUCCAAACCAAAGGAGUGGAACCAGCAGUGACGAGGAUGUAAUGUCAUCAUCAGGCUGUAUUUCUUACAUCUCACACUUCUCCUUUGUUUCUUUCUUUUCUUUUGUUGUGUGUCUUUAUUUCCGUCUCUCUUUGUGAUCGUCUGUGUGUCUGUCUCUUACUCUCUUGAUGUCUGUACCUCCACUUAUUGCACUGUGGAGUAGGCGUUUGCUCUUUUUUUAUGAAUGAGAUGUGUUGUUUACUCUCUGACAGGGCUAUUUCUGUCAGUGAUGAAGACGAACACAUACAGUGUGACACAUACUAACUUCCUCCUCUGUCACCCUCCUGCUUCUGAUUGGCCCAAAACUCUCCCCUCACUGGCAAAGGCUGCGCAUCUUAGGCGGUUGUUACGACAGCAUACCUUUGUGGGAGUGUGUGUGUAUGUGUGCACGUGUGAGUAUGUUUGCACAUCUAUGCAAGUGGGUCGAAGUGUUUGGGUCUCUCGGUGGGCUUCUUCUCAGAGAUAAUUGAUAAAAACUUCCUGUUUCCAAGGGAAGAACUUUUACUUUCCAAUCUUUGUCAUACAGCCCACGUCAAAAUGAACAAACUCAUAUUUUGCAACGUGACAGCAGCAGCAGCUUCACAGUUAAUAAAGUUAUUCACAGCUUUGCUGGCAGUAGGAAACACACACAUUUACCUAAGUGAUAAACUUUGCGUCACUCAACCACACCACAAAAACUGAAGCACUGACACCAGUUUUACUUUUUGUUCCCUGUAUUUUAUUUAGGAUUGUUUUUAACGAUGUUUUCUUGAUAUUUUGGCUGAAAAAUCUUGAAAAAGUUUAAAUUUGUCUCAGUUUUCAUGAUUUCAUGAAACAGGUUGUCAUGCGGGUUAUGUUUACUGCAGAAGGUUUGUACAAUCUGGUUUACAGUAACCAAGUUUUCACCUUUGAGUGCCUCAAGUUUUUCAGUAUAAUCUAAGAUGAGGUCUGGCUUCAGGUCCUAUCUUUUGAACAAUUUGCGUUUUUAUUUUUUAAAUAAAAAAUAAUUGAACCCUCUGUCUCCUGAAGAACUCAGUAGUCCUCAAAUUUACUUCUUAACUCAAUCUGCCAUUGUAAAUAGAAAUAUCUGUGCUGUGACUCCUCCAAGUAAGCAGGUUGCUGCACCUGCCCUCUAAAGUGGUUUGUAAAUGCUGUCAAGACAUUUGAUUAGAUUCUCUGGAACCACCCCAAGGCUUGAAGAAGUAAAUUGCUCUCCCAGCAUAGCACAUUUUUGCGCGUAAGCUCUUACACACACACACACACACACACACACACACACAAACACACACACACACACACACACACACACACACACACACACACACACACACACACACACACACACUGGGACAGUGGCUGGGAGGCUUUUACGUUCACAUACUCUUAAGGAUCCACCUCUGUUUGGAUGAUACAUACAUGCAAAGCCUGCGGUCGUGUUUUUUUGGAUGAGAGCAGCACGCAGGACUUGUGCAAACCUGCACAUAAUUAUACAUGUACUGUAAAUAUGCACAGGAAUUGUGUGUUAGUGCGUGGGUGUGAGUGGUAGGAGGUGUUUGAUUGAUGUGUGAAUGAGCGUGGCUUAUAGGGUCAGAGCUUUAAAAUGACAGAGGUUGUGUCAGAGGGCACUGUGGUGUUGGUGUCCUUCACUUUAUCCAUUUUAAAUCUGACUUUGACAAAAGCAAUAAAUUAAAAGACGUAAUUUCAUGUUUGAGUUCCCUCGAAUUUUGGCUUUGCUUUAUCAACAGGUCUAAGUAAGCGCUGUUGGUUAAUUAACUUGCCAUGAAAGAUCUGUGGUUGCGAGCCACAUCCAGCUCCUAAAAACACAAGCACACACACCUGCAUGCUCACACAUUAAAGCUCGCCGUCUAACAGCUUUACUCUUCAAUAAACAGAUGCCUUUAGAUGCUGCAUGCUCUGCUGCGGUUCCUCUAAGUUUAUUUGGUGUUACUUUCAGUGUGCUCUGUGGUCUCAUUUUAAAUGGUUAGCUCACCCAAAUCACUAAUAAUUUUAUUUGAUAGUUUAGUUUACACACUACGACAACCUCAGUGACUUUUGAUUCCACUCGCAUAUGAUGGGCAUACCUUUGGACUCAUAUAAAACUGUUUUCUUUCAACUAAGUGUGCAACAUCUUGAACUCCAGUUCUCAAAGACCAUCACUGUUGAACCCAAACUCCAAAGAAACACACAUAACCAGUUCAAAUAAGAAAAAAGUUUUUUAAAAACUUGUCCAUUUUUUAAAAAUCUUUCUGUUUUGUACUGAUUUGAUUCGUGCUUUGAAAUGUUAGAAUCUGUACAGCCCUGCAGUUACGUUUUUGACCAAAAGUUGCAGCAGGCAGAAGAGAGAGUGCAGUGAAAGUUAGGCCAGUGCUUCUGAUGAUCACAAAGUGGAGAGAAAUGAUAAGCAGGGCUUCGUAUUAACUUGUUGGCACCAGCAAAAAUCAAGGUGCACCACAACUGCAGCUUACGUUCAACACCCUGAGUUAAAAUUUACUGAGUGUGAGUUUUACUUCUCAUUUUGCUCUACUUGUUGAGUUAAUCAGACAGAAAAAACACAGUUACCUGAGCCCUCAUUGGCUUUACGGUGAAUGCAGAGCGUUGUGCUGUUUUCUUAGCAAGGCCAAGGUUCGUCCACUUUCAUCUCAUCACCAUCUUCUUCUUCUUCUGGACAUCACGUUUUCCUUUGGCGACCUACAAAAAGAAAACCCAAAACAUUGUCUAGAUAUUCUCUCUUCAGCUCUUCUGAUCUGAGGGUAAAGUUCAGCAUUUAAAGAUAAGAAGUUAUGUAGAUGCUGGACUCAGUGGUACAGUAGUGGAGAGGUGACACUAAGAAAAGGGCAAAUGUCUAACAUGGCACCACUUAAGAUAGGUUAAAGAUCAACUGCUGCUAACUAUAUUGAAUAUUCUAUAAAAAAUAUAUUUAAAAAAAGGAUUGCACCACUAUAAUAUAGGUACAUUGAGUAAAUUUGCUUAUUGAAGUAAUUCUGCUGUGUUGUUCAUCUUAAAACUUCUGUUAAUUCCCUCUACAAAGGCUGCAGCCACACAACAGGACACGACCAGUUUACCACUUAACACUUCUGUUAUCUUUAGUGUCUGUCUGUGUGAAAAUUGCUCGAAUACAUGUUAGUAUUUCUGAUCGUGAACCGAAAUUUAAUGAAAACGGCAUGGAGCGAAGAGCAAUGAUUUUUUUUUUUAAACAAGUUGACUCACUCUGUCUCCCACUCACUACACCGCCCAAUGUUCUUUUAGCCAAAAUUCUGUAUUGACAUCUCUGCCUGCUUGCCAUGUGUGUUUUUGUGUGUGUCUGAACUGCUCUGAGGACAUUCAGUUUGAGUGUUUCUCCUCCAGUGCUCUUUCCGGUUGAGGAACAGUAGUUUUUCUGUCGAUGGGGCUUAUGGAUUGGCACAUUCAGCCUUCCCACCCCCACUCACUCGCCCACACAUCCACACAUGCAAACACAGGAGCUAAGCUAAGUUCAGACUUUGUUGCACUGGUCAGGUGACAGGAGGGUUACUUUUUGUGAUAGAGUGUUAUUGUGUACUACAGUAACACUAAACAAACUGGACAAAACCCCCUGUCAUACUGACCACUUAGUUGUUUUGUUGUUGGUUUGUGCAUUGUGGAGAGUUUAGGGACAGACACACAGAAAGCCCUUUCAUGUAAACCACCAUGCAUCAUGCCUUCAAAGGUAGCACGCGUUGUAUGCAUUGGUGAGCCUUUAGUACGUAGAAAAAAUAGCCUUAGGCCAUAAGCAUAGUUCAAGUCUUAUCUUGUAAUGUCUUAGUUUUGAACAGGACAGCAUGCUGUCUCUUUUAUAUCAUGGCUAAUGUUGAUGUCACAGGCUGUUAGACAUACAUCAGAAGAGUCUUUGUUUUCUUUUUGGUAGCUUUUUGUGGACAACCACUUGUACAACCAGCGCUUAUAGAAGUCGUGGGUUUGCGUUGUAGAUGACUCAAGUCUUCCCUCAAAGGCAAAAAGUUGAACCAUGUACUUAUGAAUCACAGAAGGCCUGAUGCUUUUUGUAUGGAGAGUUUCCUUCUUAGUUGGUUGUGUAAUUCUUCUAGUAUUUGAUACUCAUCAUUUGCAGCAGGGAUCAAACUGUCUUCUUUGGGUUUAGGAUCUUCUACAACCUUCAGGUUUGGCUUAGGUGACCCACUUUAAAUAAAGAGGUUAAGAGGUUAAGAAUGACAGUUGUGCUUUUAAUGAAGUAAUUAAGUUAAGUAGUUAACUCCCUUAACCCUUGUUGCAAGGCUCUCUAAUUCGUGUAAAAGGAAAAGGAAACUAAAGAUGAACAUUUCUGUUACUCUAGUACUCUAAGUAGUCCACCUAAACUUUAUGUGUUGACUUAAAAUUAAAUCCCAUUAACCCCCCUGAGGAGGCUUGAGGAUCUAAAGCAGUAGGCUGGCUCAUAGGGGGUCAAAAGUUCAGAUAUGUAGCUUGGAGCCAGGCUUGUAUGGGCUUUAAAAAUGGUCAAGAAAUUUUAAAAUCAAUUCUAAAACUUACAGGGAGCCAACGAAAAAGGGAAGCCAAAAUGGGGUGAUGUGAUGUGAUGUCGUCUUUAAGAACCAGGGAGAAGCCUAGAUGCUGCAUUUUGGACCAGAUGGAAGCGAUUGAGAGCUUAUGCACGAUUCCUGACAGUAGAGAGUGACUCUAAUCAAGCCUGGAGGAGAUGUGAGUGCAUAAGUGACUUUUUGAGGUUCGGUUGUGACAGUAUUGAUUUGAUUUCGGAGAUGGUGCGUAAGUGAUGGUGGAACUGUUAUGUGACUGGUCUUUUAUAAUAUUUAGAAAUAAAAUUGCAGUCAAGUUUAACUCCCAGAUUUACUGCUAUAGCUUCAAUGUUUGCAAAUAAGGUACCAAGACUGCUCUCUGUGAAACCAGUGCAGUUUUGUACAGUAAAGAGUAUUAUUUCAGAAAUGCAGCUUCAGUGGUCGCUGGGGCAAAAACCCGGGAGUGGGAGAAGUUUGGUGAGGUCAUGGAGAACGACUUUCAGAUGGCUUUGAAGAGGUUCUGGACCACCAUCUAGCGUCUCAGGACGGGGAAGCAGUGCACUGUCAACAUGGUGGAAGGAAUUCUUCAAAGACCUCCUCAAUCCCACCAACAAGCCUUCCAGUAAGGAAAUGGAGCCAGUGUGGAUGGAUGAAAUCCGCCCUGAGUUCCUCAAGGCCCUGGAUGUUGUGGGACUUUCGUGGCUGACAUGACUUUGCAUCAUUGCGUGGACACUGGGGGCAGUGUCUUUAAAAUGACCUUUUACAAAGGGUAACCAGAGGGUGUGUUCCAGGUACAGGGGGCUCACACUCCUCAGCUUGCCUGGUGAGGUAGGGUUGAGGGAGGCAUUCUGCCAAGUCCCUCAGGUAUCCUGUCGGGGGUGCUCCAGGGGUAUGGGGCACUGGACACCCUGGUAAGGGCUGUUCAUUCCCUGUAUGAUUGGUGCCAGAACUUGAUCUGAAUAGCCGAUGGGAAGUCUGACUCGUUUCUGGUGAGGGUUGGACUCUGCCAGGGCUGCCCUUUGUGACAGAUCCUGUUCAUAACUUUUAUGGACAGAACUGCUAGGCCCAGCCAGGACAUUGAGCGGGUCCAGUUUGAUGGUCUGAGGAUUGGGACAUCGUUUUUUGAGAAUGAUGUGGUCCUGUUGGUUUCAUCAGGCUGUGAACUUUCUGUGAACUCUCACUCGAUCGGUUUGCAACAGAGUGUGAAGCAGCUGGGCUGAGAACCAGCAACUCCAAAUAUGAGUCCAUGGUUCUCAGAUGGAAAAAGGUGGAGUGCCAGAUGAGAUCCUGCCCCAAGUGGAGGAGUUCAAGUAUCUCGGGGUCUUGUUCACGCUGGGGGAAAACAAGGAUGACCCUAAAAAAAACACACACACACCCUUUUUCAGUAUCUAAACACACUCGCAGCAAAACCUUAAUUCAUUGUUUGUUCUUUUUAAAUAGAAUUUGGAUUUUUGUUUUUAUCAGUUGAACAUUUUUUUAUGAUGGUUAUCAGCCCCCCUGAUUCCUUGUGUCCUUGAAUGUUAUUUCUGCUGACCUCUGACCCUCUUGGAUGUUAAUAAAAGAAAGAAAAGAAAAGAACUUGUCUAACCUUAAAAUUAGACAUUUGACUUAGUGGCAACAGUGACAUUGACUUUUUGGUGUGUUGGGGCAAGUUCUACACAGCAGGCUCCAUCACCAUCUGUUGACUUAAUUUGUUAGCAGAGUUAGCAGCUCAUGAACAGCCACCUUGGGCGGAUCCAGUCAGGUAAAUUAGUGUUUUCCUGUCCAUGUCUCCCUCUUCUUGCGCAGUGACGUCAUACUUCUGCUGCAGAUGGAGUCUCCUGCUUGGAGUUGUCCUGGCAGCCGGGCAAAGCCAGUCACCAGGUCACAACAUGGACCGGACAUCUGUCUUGGAGAGUGA